CGGUGAAGCGCCUCCGGUGUUCAGUUGAGCUUUGGUCAUGUCUGGAACAGGGACUGUGGGACUGCUGCUGCUCCUGUGGGGCGCCGCCUGCCUGCGGCUGCCCGGCCCGGCUCAGGGCGCUUUGGUCACCCCCGGGCCGGAUGGAGGCGCAGAGGAGGCAAGACAUUCUGCCAGGCCUCUGCAGAAAAGAAGCGCGCAGGCUGUCACGGUGGAGGUGCUCAGCGUGAAGGUGGACUGCGCCGUGACGUCUCGUUUCGCUCACACCGUCAUGACCUCCACGGCUCUGAACAAAGCCAACGUCUCGCAGGAAAUCUUUUUUGAAGUGGAGCUCCCUAAAACGGCCUUCAUCACCAACUUCUCCAUGGAAAUCGAUGGCCAAGUGUACGUGGGAGAGGUGAAGGAGAAAGAGAAAGCCAAGAAACAGUACGAAAAGGCCGUUUCCUCAGGACGGACGGCCGGGCUGGUCAAGGCUUCCGGCAGGAACAUGGAGACGUUUUCGGUGUCUGUCAACAUUGCGGCCAAAAGCAACGUGACUUUCGUUUUGACCCACGAGGAGCUGCUUCAGCGGAAACUGGGCCAGUACGAGAUCCUGACCCGGGUGAAACCCAAACAACUUGUCCAGGAGUUUCAGAUCGUGGCAAACAUCUACGAGCCUCAAGGCAUCGCUUACGUCGAGACCCACGCCACGUUCCUCUCCAAUGAGCUGCUCCCCCUGGUGGAGAAAACCGUCACUGAGAAGAAGGCGCACGUCGCCUUCUCGCCCAGUCUGGAUCAGCAGAGAACAUGUCCAGGCUGCGAUGGAACACUGAUCGACGGAGAUUUCGUCAUCACGUACGAUGUGAAACGCACCUCGAGCCUCGGGGACAUUCAGAUUGUCAACGGAUACUUUGUGCACUUCUUUGCCCCGCCCGGCUUGCCGAGAGUCCCGACAAAUGUGGUUUUUGUGAUUGAUCGUAGCGGCUCAAUGUAUGGAAAAAUGGAGCAGACCCGGGAGGCGAUGGCAGCCAUCCUUCAAGAUCUGAAAGAGGACGACUAUUUUGCCAUUGUCCCGUUUGAUCACGAAAUCAUUUGGUGGAAGGAAACGCUGACCAAAGCCACAAAGGAGAAUGUGACCCAGGCCAUGGCAUACGUCAAGGAGUUACGCCCCUUAGGGGGCACCGACAUCAACGGCGCCUUGCUAAGAGGUGUCAGGAUGCUGCUGACGGACAGAGCGGAGAAGAGGAUCCCGGAGAGAAGCAUCAAUAUGAUCGUUUUACUCACCGACGGCAUGCCCAAUAAUGGUGAGACCGAUCCGAAGAAGAUCCAGGAGAAUAUGGCCUCUGCCAAUGGUGGCAACAUGUCACUUUUCUCUCUUGGAUUUGGAAACGACGUGGACUACGGCUUCUUGAGUGUGCUGAGUCAAAAAAACAAGGGAUUGGCUCGCAGAAUCUUUGUGGGCUCCGAUGCAGCUCUUCAGCUGAAGGGUUUCUACGAAGAGGUGUCCAGCCCGCUGCUUUCCGAAGUGGAUUUACGUUACCCUGACAACGCGGUGGACUUCCUGACCUCCAACCACUUCAGCCAGUUGUUUAACGGCUCUGAGAUUGUGGUGGCCGGUCGGCUGCUGGACAAUAACCUGGACAACUUCCUGGUGGAAGUGGUCGGCGCAGGGCUUGAGGACAACUUCCAGGUGCAGGGCAAGAGCGCCGCUCUGGAUUGGGCCACGACUUACCCCGACGAAAAGUACAUUUUUGGGGAUUUUACAGAGCGUCUGUGGGCUUACCUGACCAUCCAGCAGCUCCUGGAGAAGAGCAAGAGCGGAAGCCCCGAUGAGAAAGUCAAUGCCACGGCCAAGGCCUUGGACAUGUCCCUGCGCUACAGUUUUGUCACCCCUCUCACCUCCAUGGUGGUCACCAAGCCUGAGACCGAGAAGGGACCAGACAGCCCCCUCAUCGCUGACAAACUGACUGAGGAGGAAAGACAACAAGCAGAACGAAGCGCACGUUAUCAUCAUAGGACGGUCCCUUCCCGUAAUGCCUACGUUCCACCCUCAUAUUCUGUGGACGGAGAUCCCCAUUUCCUGAUCGAGCUCCCAGACAAAGACGACGCCCUGUGCUUCAACAUCAAUGACAAGCCGGGAACUAUUUUCACCCUGGUCAAAGACACCAAGUCAGGGAUUUUGGUGAACGGCCAGAUCAUCGGGGACAAGCAAAUCCCGGCCGACGGGAAAAUCUACACCUACUUUUGGCGCUUCGGCAUCAUUCACCGAAAUUUAGGGCUGAAAAUGGAGGUGAGCACCAACGGCAUCACCGUCUUCCAAGACGGCGCUCGGCUCAAGUUGCGCUGGUCCAACGCAACGUCCGUCAAAGGAGACGGGAUGGACCUUCUCUUGACCAAAGACCGUAGCCUGGCAGUCACCCUCAAAGAUUCCGUCAAGUUUGUGAUCCUGCUGCACAAAGUGUGGAAGAAGCACCCGUACCACCGGGAUUAUUUGGGUUUCUACACGCUGGACACCCACCUGCUGUCGCCUUCUGUGCACGGUCUGCUAGGUCAGUUCUACCACGGGAUUGAGUACGAGGUCUCCAACUUGCGUCCGGGAGAAGUCCCGGAGAAACCCGACGCCACCAUGCACGUGAAGGGACGAGAGCUGAACGUGACCAGGGGCUGGCAAAGAGACUUCCGAAGCGACGCGAAGACCGGCGAGAACGUGCCCUGCUGGUUCAUCCAUCGGAACGGGACGGGACUCAUUGACGGGGAGGCCUCGGACUACAUCGUGUCCGGCCUUUUUAAAACCGUUUAAGACGCCAAA